AUGUUAUUAAGUAUAUGGCAAUUUUGGACGGGGGAAAGAGAUAGAGACAUUGACAAGAGGGAGAAGAGAGAUAAAAUGGCCGCCACGAUGGUCGAGACUCCACCCCCGCAACUCAUCACCACUAUCGAGUGGGCGAUGAUGGACAAGAGCAAAUUCUUUCCCCUGUAUACGUUAAGUAGUUUUACAGUGCGAUGCGCAUUGUACCCGCUAACAUUAGUUAAAACACAAAUCCAAGUGCAGCGCAAGAAGGAAGCUUACAAGGGUGUGUCCGACGCGAUCUCCAAGAUCUACAGAAACGAGGGUGUCACAGGGCUGUAUAGGGGCUUUUGGAUGUCCAGCUUUCAGAUAAUCUCAGGCGUCUUCUACAUAUCGACAUAUGAAGGUGUUCGGCACGAGCUGGGCCUUCACGAUGUUAAUCCUCGUUUGAAGUCGUUCAUAGCUGGUGGUUGCGCGUCGAUGGUCGGUCAGACGGUGAUUGUGCCUUUUGAUGUCCUGAGUCAGCAUUUAAUGGUCCUUGGGCUGGUGAAGGGCUCACCUGGUGGAAUUCAUAACUCGAAGGUGAACCCCCUCGGUUUAGACCUGGAGCGUCCCUGGUCUAGAAGCGCACUGGCGAAAGAGGUAGCGGUGCGAGUGUACAAAUUGCAUGGGCCUCUGGGAUACUAUCGCGGAUACGUAGCGUCUCUUGCCGCGUACGUGCCCAACUCAGCGUUAUGGUGGGCUCUGUAUACGGCUUAUCAAGAUGAAUUACUGAGGGUCAGUCCCGUAUGGGUGUCGCACCUCUUCCUCCAGUGUAUAGCUGGGACGCUUGGUGGGUUCACCACCACGAUACUAACUAACCCACUGGAUAUCGUUCGCGCAAGGCUACAGGUGGAAGGUGUGAGUUCCAUGCGCCAAGUGUUCAAGGAGUUGUGGAAGGAGGAAGGGUUUUUCGGGCUCUACAUGAAGGGCCUCUCAGCUAGACUAGUGCAGUCAGCCUGCUUCUCGUUCUCGAUAAUCCUCGGCUACGAGACGAUAAAGCGAGUCAGCGUCAGCGAUGAGUACAGAACGAGGGUGCGCUGGUGA